AUGGCCACAGCCACACCCACCUUUCACAAGUGCCUCACUCAUUUCACCGACGCCAAGAAAUACAGCAAGGGACACCAAUCCCUGCACUUCCUUCACUACCAUAGACCUGUGUGUCAAGGAUGCUACCUUUCGAUGAACGGUUGCAGAGAGGGAGAUGGAAGAACAAGGAGGGCAGUUGGGACCAUAGAAACCAGAACGUUGCAACCAGUUGCAUCACCUGCAAUGGCUAUGUACAGUCUCAACAUGGCCAUUUCGGAGCUCAAAUCGGAGGCUCCGUUUGGUACCUCGUCCGGCAUAGUAAGGGUGCAGGUGCCGAUUGAGGAGCAGGUUGAGGCCAUUGAUUGGCUUCAUUCACAGAACCAUCUUCUGCUUCCUCGCUGCUUCUUCUUUGGAAGGAAACACAGUUCCAAUGGUCAAGAAAAGUUGGUGAGCGUUGCAGGGGUGGGUUCAGCUGUUUUCUUUUCCCAGCCACACCCCUUUUCCUACUGGGAUUGGAUUUCUAUAAGGAGGUUUCUUUCUGAGAGAUGUCCUUUAAUCCGUGCAUAUGGAGCUAUCCGUUUCAGUGCAGAAGCUAAGGUGUCAUCAGAGUGGCUGGCUUUUGGUUCUUUCUACUUCAUGAUUCCUCAGGUUGAGUUCAAUGAGCUUGAAGGAGGAUCGAUGCUUACCAUAACUAUUGCGUGGGAUAAUGAUCUUUCUUGGUCAUGGGAGAACGCAAUCAAUGCACUCCAAGAAACACUUUGCAAAGUUUCUUCUUCCAUUGUGAACUUUCCAAUACAAACUCCUCCAACAUUAAUAUUAAGCAGCCAUAACAUUCCUAGUAAAGUAGACUGGGAUCUUGCCGUUAAUAGAGCUUUACAAAUGAUAGAGCGAAAUGACUCCUUAUUAACCAAGAGUCCAUAUGAAUACUCAACUUCUUAUGCCAUCUUGGUAACUCAGGUUGUGCUAGCACGUAGCACUAGAGUAGUGCCUACUGCUGGUAUUGAUCCUCUUGCAUGGUUAUCUUGCUUAAAGAUUGAAGGUGAAAAUGCAUAUCAGUUUUUACUUCAGCCACCAAAUGCUCCAGCAUUCAUUGGAAACACACCAGAGCAACUAUUUCACAGAAAUUGGCUCCACAUAACUAGUGAGGCUUUGGCUGGAACCCGUGCUAGAGGAGCAUCACAAGCACUAGAUCGUCAAAUUGAACUUGACUUACUUACUAGUCCAAAGGAUGACAUUGAGUUUACCAUAGUGAGAGACACCAUAAGAAGAAAAUUAGAGGCAGUAUGUGAAAGGGUUGUGAUCAAGCCAGAGAAAAUGAUAAGAAAACUCCCUAGGAUUCAACAUUUGUUUGCUCAAUUAUCUGGCAGGUUAAGAAGCGAAGAAGAUGAGUUUGAAAUUUUGUCAUCUCUUCACCCUAGUCCAGCUGUCUGUGGGUUUCCAACAGAAGAAGCGCAACUUUUAAUUGCAGAAACAGAACUCUUUGAUCGAGGGAUGUAUGCUGGACCUGUUGGUUGGUUUGGAGGAGGAGAGAGUGAGUUUGCUGUAGGCAUCCGGUCAGCAUUGGUGGAAGAGGAUAGGGGUGCGUAUAUAUAUGCUGGGACGGGGAUUGUGGAAGGAAGCAGUCCUUAUCUGGAGUGGGAUGAGCUAGAACUCAAGACAUCUCAGUUCACCAAGUUGCUAAAGCUUGACUUGCCUCAGAGACAGAAAGUAGAUUGUAAAUGA